GAGAGAGGAGGUUCUUUCUAUCUUCCCUAAUCUUUGGCCCCAAUUCCAUUCUCUCUGAUCGGAUUCGGGAGUUUCCAGUAGCUUCCGAUUCUGUUUCUGUUUCUUCUACGUCUGUGAAUUUUUUUGAUUUUGUUGCGUAACUUAUGCUCGGUUUUUUCACCGUCGGUGAGUUUUAUACCGGUCCGCGGCGGUUUCCGGUGGAGUGUUUAGCUCGGCAACGGAUCGGUUUCGUUAGGGUUUAAUGUGUGAGUAGUUUGAGCCGUUCUAGGAUUUUUGAGUUUUGGUGGAAUUAAAUGUGAGAUUGGCCAAUUUUGAAUUUUGAGAGAGAGAUUAAUGAUGGAGCAGAGCGAAACGGUUUCCGGUACGGCGCCGAAGAAAUUGGCGAGGCAAUUGGAUUUCACGGCGCCGGUUCAGCCUUCCGCCAACGCUGCGUUGCCGGAGCGGUCUGGACCGGCCGCGGUUCAGCUACAGCAGCAGCCGGUGCCUCAGCCGCAGAUGCAUCAUCCGCGGGCGCAUCCACAGACGCAGCCGUGGGUACAGCUACAGUCACAGUCGCAGCCGCAGCCGCAGCCGGUGCAUAACUCACCGGCGCAGUUGGCGUUACAGUCGCAGCAGCAGGGGACGGUGGUGGCGCAAUCGCCGAAGCCGUAUCUGACGCAGGCGGUUUUGCACUUUCAGGCGAGGCCGGUGGGGCCGACGAUGCCGGUGAAUGGCCGGAUUGCGCACUUGCCACCGAAAUUGGGAAGAUAUGAGUCUCCUAAGCCACGCGCACGCAGCGAAGCGAAAGAUAGUACUCCAAAGAAGCAAAAGCUGUGCAAUUGUAAAAAUUCGCGGUGCCUGAAGUUGUACUGUGAGUGCUUUGCAGCUGGAAUUUAUUGUAAAGGUUGCAACUGCAUAAAUUGUCAUAAUAACGUGGACCAUGAAGCUGCUAGGCAGGAUGCGGUUGGAGCAAUUCUAGAGCGUAACCCAAAAGCAUUCAGACCAAAGAUUGCUAGCAGUCCACAUGAAUCUCGCGAUUCUUGGGAAGAUGCUGGCGAGGUUCAAAAGCACCACAAAGGAUGUGCUUGCAGGAAGUCUGGGUGUCUCAAGAAGUACUGUGAGUGCUUCCAAGCCAAUGUUCUAUGUUCUGAAAACUGUAAAUGCAUGGACUGCAAGAACUUUGAUGGAAGUGAAGAAAGAAGGGCUAUCUUUCAUGAAGAUCACAAUACGGUAGCCAACGUGCAACAGGCAAAUGCAGCCAUUAGUGGGGCUGUUGGAUCCUCGGGGUUUGGGCCUCUGGUUUCCAGACAAAGACCGAGUGACGAACUUUUUUCUGGCAUUGGAGCCAGAGAUCAGUCAGCUCACCGAAUUACACACACUCAGCAGGAAAAUCACUUAAGACCUCCUAUGGCCUCUUCUUCUCUGUUAUCUGUUCCUACUUCUGUUACUCCUAUUGCUGCAGUACCAGGAUCUUCAAAACCCACUUACAGAUCUAUGUUGGCAAAUAUCAUCCAACCUGAGAACAUAAAGGAUCUGUGUUCACGUUUGGUUGUAGUUUCAGGAGAAGCUGCAAAAGCAUUUGCAGAAAAUAGGCAAAAAGAGACGGUUGAUAAGACUACUACCGUUUCAGCCACUGGAGAGGGGAAAGAAAGUAAAACGGAACAGGAUCAAAAUUCUGCACAUGGUAGAGAUGGCAGCAGUGGCUCUGGAUCAGAUGGAGGUGAUGCGCAAAAUAGUAGGCCAAUGUCCCCUGGAACGCUUGCUCUGAUGUGUGAUGAACAAGAUAAGAUGUUUAUGGCAGCUGAGCCGCCAAAUGGAAUAACGACUAAUAGUCAAAGCACAACUCAGAAUCCAUCUCAGGAAAUAGGUUGCACGGAGGUUUAUGAAGAGCAGGAAAGGGUUGUCCUCUCAGGAUUCAGGGAUUUCCUAAACCUGCUUAUUACUCGUGGUAGCAUAAAAGAAACAAUGUGCUCUCCUGUAGCCAAAAGGGAGAGGGAAAUCCAAAAGGAUUCUGUAGAGGUUGGAACCCCAAAGAAUCCCAGGUACGAGAAAGUGACAUACAGCAAUGACAUUGGGAAAUCUCCUGCUUCCACAAAUGGUAAAGUGCUUCAGUCAGUUGUCAAUUAUGUCUCUGGAGUUGGAUUGCCCUUGAAAAAUAAUACUGGGCAAUAA